AUUAUUUCAGGAAAUACAAAUUGAAGUACUAACUGUUUAUGUGGAAUAUUGUAAUAUUUGAUUGAGAUUAACUCUGGGAUUGAUAAAUUAAUGGGAGCCACAAAAAAUUUACAUUGAUGUUCAGUAAUUCUUGAAAGAGUUACCACAUCACCAAAAUAUCACUUGAUAUUCAGGAGUGAUUCAGAAUAAGGAUUUAGGAGUUGAUAGAAUUAUGAUCAAUAAACUUCUGGUAUCACCUAAACAAGUGGUCAUAUCCAUAUGGAUAGUUCAUAAUCUAUUAUCGAAAUACGCUCUAUCAUCUCCUCAGACUCACAGAGCUGACACACUUGGACAACCUUGUCAUGGUAGUAGUGAUUGUGGCCCAAACGAGUGGUGCUAUGAUGAUGUAUGCGAACUGCCUUGUCCUAGAGUGGACUGUGACAAUUUCCAUCCACCAGAUAGCACGUGUGUUGUCAGGGACCAUGUACCUGUCUGCAAAACCGUAGAUGAAUUGGAAACGGAGAAAAGAAUACCAGGAAUCCUAUCUUGUCGUGGCAGUUAUGAAUGCGGUGCUGACCAAUGGUGCUAUGAUAACAAAUGUGAUUUGGCCUGUCCCAAGCUGCACUGUGAACAAAUCAAGCCACCAGAUGGCGUGUGUGUUGUCAACAACCAUCAACCAGUCUGCAAGAGUCCGUCUCAACUGGCAAUAGUUGAUCCUACCAAACAUCGCAAUUGGCGCCUUGUGCAUUCGGGAUUCUGUGGACUCCGUGGGGAUUCAAAAAUUUUUGGAGGUAGGGACGCAGAUUUGGGAGAAUUUCCAUGGAUGGCAUUGGUACUUACUACAGCUUUUUUCGACUAUGGUGAAACGACGGAAUUAUGUGGUGGAUCUAUAAUCAAUAAUAGAUAUAUUCUAACCGCAGCUCAUUGUGUUUCAAAAGAUGGAAAUUUUGUAGUCAGAGUUCGUCUUAGUGAAUAUAAUUUGGAGAGUGAUACGGAUUGUGAGAGGAACGGAUGUUCAAAUUACAUCGAUUACGAGACUUCAGAAUUAAGAGUACAUCCAGACUACAGACGCAAAACUGCUGGGUCAAGCCAAGACCCACUGGGUGAUAUAGCUCUAGUACGCACUCACAAGGAAAUCGACUUUUUAAGUGAAUAUAUUCGUCCAAUAUGCUUGGAGUAUGGGGAUCUACUCAGACAGGACUACACUGGAGAAUUGGUAACAAUCAUUGGCUGGGGAGCCUGGGGAAACAGGAAACGUCGGCAGCUGCUACGCUUGGCAGACCGUCUGCAGAAGGCAAACGUCUACGUUUUGGACCCUGACUCCUGCGAGACGCAUUUAAGACAUAUGAACACAGGCAGAGAUCAGCCGACUAAUCGGAGCCUAUGCGCCGGCACCCAGACGUCAUUCUCGUACAUCGGUGACUCGGGAAGUCCUAUGACUGUAGUUCGGUCCAUUGGUGCCGAUCAUGCACGCACCUACCUCAUAGGCAUCACUUCCCAUAGUUUCAACAUCUAUUCCGAUCCGGGCGGCCUCAGACGGCCCACCAUCUAUGUGCGGGUUGCCUAUUACUUGAAGUGGAUUUUGGAUACGAUUCAUGAAUAGUUUUCAAAUUUAAAAUGCUUAUGAACUUGAAGAUUUGUCACAUUUCUGUUACCAAUUAAUUUGUAGUUUAUUAUCCAUUCAAACGUCAUUAUUCAUUAUCUAUUCAGUUUUGUUAUGUGAAGUCGAAAGGAAUAAACUUGAAUGCAUUUGAAGAGAAACACAUUAUUUAUUGAAAUGAAGAAUAUCAUACGUUACAAGAAAGUGAGAAACAGAACUUGACUUGGAAAGGAAUUAAUCUUUAUUUUGUGAAGUGAGCAACUACAAAACUUGACCUAUUUCGGACUAUGGGUAACCUUAUCUAAAUUUGGAAGAGGAAGAGCACAAGGUUACCUUAUUCUUUUCUCUCCCUAUCAUUUUUGAUGAUGUAGGCUACUAAUUGUAUGAAUCAAUAAAUAAAAUAAUAGAUAAAUUCAAUCAUGUAUUUUGGUGGGGCUACUUGAUUGUUUAAUUACACAGAAUCACUAACCCUCUCUAUUUUAGGGCCAUAUGCACCAUAAUUAAAUGCUAAAUGUUAAACCUCGA